AUGGAUGAAGCCCAGCGGUUGCUCGCCAACAUGCACAAUAUGCUCCUCCAUGCUCAGAGAGACAUGGAGAUCCAGGGAUCCCAUCAUUGGGAUGAGAGCAAUGCUCUCCAGGACAAGAUUGGUCAUCUGAAGGAAGAUGUCUUGCAUUAUCACAUCAAAUGCAAUGAACAUUGUUCUGAGAAUGAUAAGCUAAAGGGCAAGCUGUCUGCUUUCAACAGCGCCCCUCCCCCUCCCCCUCCCUGUGCUCCUCUGCCUUCUGCCACUUGCAAGGCGGCUCCCCCUUCUGCCUCUCAUGAGGCAGACAAGUUAUAUGACAUCCUGAUGGAUGUCGGCCCCAUCAAGGAGGCUCCAGCAGCUGCCCUGAUGACCUCCGCUGUUGCAAAGGUCUCCACCAUUGCGAGGGUUCCUCCCAUUGUGAAGGUCUCUGCCAUUGCCCUUGGUAAAUGUCCCAUAGUGGACAAGCUCCCAUCUGCAUGCCCACAGAAGAUGCAGUCUCUCAUGACUGCCACAUCCUCCUCCUGCGUCUCUGCCAUUGGCAAGAUGUACAGCGCAGUGGUUGCCAGCUCAUCUGGUAAAUCAUCCAGUCAAAAGGAUGAGAUAGCAUACACCUUGCCACCGCAGUUUGCCCCUAUGGGCAUAGCGAUUACUGGCAGUAAAUGCCUGCCACACAGCCUCCCUCCUUAUGAUAAGGAGAAGCUGUGGGAGUACAUCUUGACUCCCAGACACUUAGGUGCUAUUUGCAAGCACAAUCCACCUCACUGGGCGAGGUGCAUGGAGACAGCAGAUGCCUACUGGGCCAUCCAACCCCACUAUGGGCCCCAAUUUGGACUACUAUGGUCCAAGUAUAACAAGAUGAUCAGUCAAAUUGGAACCAAAAUAAACCCCCAUGCCAAUAAGGGGGUGGGCAUUCGCUGCUCAUGGGAUGGAUGCUACUACAUCCUGGACCUCCAUCUCUGGAAGUUCUUGAAAGAUCAUUGUCCCCACAAUGAUAACAAAUUAUUUGUUUGCAGAGAUGCAAAUGUGUUCUAUGAGGUCUGCAUGGACCUCUUCUCCUCUGAAGAUUGCUUCAAAAACCUUGCCUGUGCAGCAAAAAUCCCUGAGCUCCCCAUGCCCCAUUGGAGCACGUCUGCACACUUCCAGCAUGUGCUUUGCAUCAUUGAUGGCCAGCACACCUGGGACAUCAUUGCCAUCAUGCAUGAGCUUGCAGCCAGCGGGCUGCAAGGAGGGAAACUAGCCACAUGGGUCAGCCACUUUGGCCAUAGGGCCAGGAAGGCACAGCACAUUGGUGGCUCCUUCUGCAAGCACAUCCUUGAUGAGGAUGCAGCAAAGGCACUUCUGGCCUUUGAUUCCCAGAACAACUCGCUCUGGACAUAG